AUGGAAGUUUCAAAUGCACGCUCCCAGAAAAAGCUUGUUUGUCCAUUAUUUGUGGUUGAAGUUCCGAGGAUUACUGAAGACGCUUAUCAUGAAGCAGCGACAGAGCGAGUUGAUUGUGAUGAAGAGUCAAUAAUGGACCAUCAGAGAAUCAAAGAGAUUGAUUUUAUUGAAUGGAUUGGAAACAAUCGUAUCAGUUUAUUGAAAAAGGAUAUUGCGAUGUUUCUAAAUCAUUCAGGUACGUCUGAUCAAGCGAUUGAUACCUUAUCUAAUACGCAGUUAAGUUCUACGUCGAGGGAGAAUCGACUUCUUGCCAUCCCAAUAACUACAGCGACCGGGAUGUUCUGGGCACGUAAAAGUCGCAGAUUGGAAAAGGGACAAUUUGGUGUUAUAGGAAUACAGGUAUUAGGACGUAUGUUUCGUUUGAAUGUACUUAUUAGAGAUGAUGUUGAG